AUGGCAGCUAGGGAGUUCGCUGAUUCUUUGUUCUCGCGAUGGUUUACGUCGACUGCCGAAUCCAAAGGGGCAGAUAAAGCAUCGCCAAAAGAGUCCGACACAUAUCGUGUUAGCGGCGUGCCUCUGGACUGGGACCAUGAACGAUUGAGGUCCUUUUUAAUGGACCAGCAAAAUCUCACAGGCGCAAUGGUGCAGUCGCUUGCUCAUGAAGCGAAUACUGAAUCGCAAACAGCAACUGUUACUUUUGAAAAUGCUACACUACAAGAUCUGCCUGACCAGGGUUUGAACAUUCCAUUACCACAUGAAUACGCUUGUGGUUUGCUAUCCAGUCAAUACCUAUCGAUUGAGAAAAAAUUUCUUGGUCUUACGACACUUUAUCAACCACUUUCGAAAGAUCACAAAAUCGACGUUAUUGCUUUAUCUGGUCUCGGAGGCCACGCUUUUGGGUCGUUUAAAGAGAGAGGGGGGUCUCAUAUGUGGUUGCGAGACUCUCUUCCGAGAGAUCUUACUUCAGAGACCGAUAACGGGCAAAUGGCGAGAGUUAUGAUCUAUGGUUACGAAUCGGGUGUUGCGGGAAGUCGAAAUAUGCAAAAUCUAGAAGAUUUGGCCACCGCAUUCCAUAGCAGCUUGAUUGCACUGGCCGCUAGUCAAACAACUAGACCAAUUAUCCUUAUUGGCCACAGCCUUGGAGGACUUAUUAUCAAGCAGGUAAAAGCUUUAAUAUCACUAUCGAGGUCGACUAUUCCGGACGAUCAGAAACUCAUACGUGCCGUGUACGGGGUCAUCUUCUUCGGAACUCCACACGAUGGCAUGGACAUUAGUUCGCUCAUCCCCAUGGUUGGAGAUGGUCCGAAUCGCUUCCUGAUUGAGUCCAUCAGCCGCAUCAACUCGCAGAUCAUUAGUAUACAACAAAGAGAUUUUCACUACGCCCUGGGGGAAAAGGGUAAUUCAGAAGUGUUCUGCUUUUACGAAACGCUCGAAUCACCAACAGCGCAACGAGACAAACGCGGCGAAUGGAAAAUGAUUGGGCCGCCUGCAGUUCUCGUUACCAAGUCCUCGGCUACGCACAGUCGCCCCUGGGAAGAUGGUUCAGAACACAUCUGCGCCAUCGCCCGCACACAUUCCGACAUUGUCAAAUUUGGGCCACACGACCCAGACUAUAGAAACGUGAUACAGAGAAUUAGAGGGCUAUCGAGACGGGCAAUCAAGGCGCGAGACCGGUUACAAACAACAACAUCAAAGUGUAUGUAA